AUGGACAAAAUACCAGCGGUGAAAGCUUUCCUCAUUGGGUAUGCUGUGGCGGUAUUUCUAACCAACACGAAUCGCUUGAUGGAAUCCAUUGGCUUUUAUUUUGAGUGCUUGGUAUUACUGAAUCAACUGUCGGUGAGCAAACCUUCUUCCGUAAUGACACUGAUCGAACACGUGAUACGCCGAAAGUUUAUGAGGGGAGUUCUGUUGCUCGAGGAACGUGGUCUUAAAUUUUAUGAACUCGGUCAGAUCAAAGAAUCAAUCAGCUGCCUAAAAAAGGCAUUGUGCAUCUACGAAAAAGCUGGUCCCAGAUUUAAAGAGGCGUGGUGUCACUGCCACUUGGGUAGAUCGCUUCACAUUGCGAGCCAGUAUGAAAGAGCUAUGGAGCAUUAUCAAAAGGCUCUUGAUGUAAGUGGACUAUCAAGACAUGAGAAACAAGAACUCGAGGGAAGGGUUUACAACAACAUUGGUGAGGUAUAUAAUGUGCGUGGAAAUUAUGAAAAGGCUCGUCACUAUUAUGAGAAAGCAUUUAAAAUAAAUAAGGAAAUUGGAAAUGAGAUACAGCAAGCGAUAUAUUACAACAACAUGGGAGUAAUGAAUCAUAACUACCUGGGCAAUCUUGAGGCAGCACUUGAUUUCCACGAAAAAGCACUCGAGAUUCGUAAAAGACUUGGACGCAGAAAAGAUGAAGGAACAUCCUACAACAACAUUGGUGGAGUGUAUGAGGCACGUGGUGACUUCAAAAAGGCACUUGAAUAUUACGAAAAAAGCCUUAAACUUAGUGUAGACAUCGAAGACAGAGUGUUGGAGGCAGCAAAUCUGUACUUUAUUGGAAAAGUUUCAAUGAAACUCGGUCAGUUUCGAAAAGCCCUAGAAUAUCUUGAAAGAGCCCUUCAACUCAAAUCAGACGCAGGUGUCAAAAAGGCUGGAAACCUCACUGACCUUGGAAAUCUUUACAUGUCCUUCGGUGAUUAUGAGAAGGCAAGACAAUAUCACCAACAAGCCAUUAAACUCUGCGAGGAAAAAGGGGAUCUCGAAAUCAUGGGAAUAUGCUAUAAAAAUGCCAGCAAACUUCCCAGUUAUCUUGGUGAUUAUGAGAAAGCCAAGAGCUAUUUAGAAAAGGCUAUUGAUGUUCUCGAAAAAACUGGAAACAAAGUGGAUCUUGCCAUGACAUUUGCUGAUAUCAGUGAUAUUUAUAUUUCUACUGGUCAAUAUCAGAAAGCAUGCGAAUAUUUACAGAAAGCUCUGAAAGUCAGUGAAGAAGUCGGACACAUACAAUUAAAGACAUCAGUUUUAAUUAGUUUUGCCGCCUUGAAUUCUGCUCUUGGAAAAUAUGAGCAAGCCAUUGAGCAUGCUAAGGAUGCACUUAAAAUCGUGAAAGAGAUUGGUGAAAAACAAAGAGAGGUGUCUUGUUACGUUCUUCUUGGUAAUGUUUAUUUUGCUCAAGGUCACAACGAGAAAGCAAUCUGGUAUCAGAGCAAAGCGCUAGAGUUGAAGAAGGAAAUUGGAAUGGAAGAUCAGUCGCAAAUCUAUCUUCGUAACACUUUAGGGAAAGUAUAUUCCUCUGAAGGCAACUUUUCGAAAGCAUGUGAAAACUUGCACGAAAGCAUUAAAAUCCACAAAAGAACUCGAUCUUUCCUCAAAGAUGAAACAGACAAGAUUUCAUUGGAUGGUAAGAACUAUUCUUGUUAUAAAUCUCUUUCGUGGCUGCUUCUUCGCGAGGGGAAUCUGAACCAAGCCCUUUUCACCCUGGAGCUCGGACGAAGUCGUGCCCUUGUUGAUCUAAUGUCGAAGAGUUACGGAAUCAAAAGGAGUCUUGUUCAUAACGAAGUAACUACAGAUGCCCUCCAAAACUUUUUUAAAGAACAGCAAAGGAACUUCCUCUUUAUAGCAACUUUUCAAAUGAAUAGCGAUUUCGCCCUGUGGUUCGUUGACAAAGGCGGAAGUGUAAAAUUCAAACUGGUAAAAAUAGACUUAGAAACAGAGUUAUUCAAAGAAAGUAGUGCCACCAAAGAGCCUGAAAUGGAUGCCUCUUCAUCGACUUUGGAUGAUCCACACUGCGAAGAUCGUUCAUUGGCUCUGCUGUAUGAAAAUGAUCCAUUUGCUUCACAGGAACAACAGUUAAAACCAAACAAAGGUUCUGUGCAAAUGCAAGUGAAACAAAUCGGAAGCAAAUCAUACAUUGGCCUUUCCUAUACGGUCAAGUCGUACGCUGCCUUUAUUGCUCCUAUAUUUGACCUCAUAGACAGCCCGGAGAUCAUCAUAUCCCCAGAAUCCGGCCUUUUUUUGACGCCAUUUGCAUCGUUAAAGGAUGAAAAUGGAAAGUACCUUUCUGAAACUGUGAGAGUCCGCCUCAUCCCGUCUAUAACGACACUGAAGCUCAUUCACGACUCGGCAGCCAGCUAUCACUCUCAAAGUGGAGCUUUGAUCGUCGGAGAUCCAGCGGUUGGCCCUGUAGAGAUAAAUGGAAGUGUAAAGACUCUAGAUCCAUUGCCUAAAGCCAGAGAAGAAGCGCAGAUGGUGUCAAGAUUGGUAGGAGUGCGCUGUUUGAUAGGAGAGGAGGCCACAAAGGAGGAAGUCUUGAAAAGAAUCCAAGAAGUGAGCUUAGUGCACAUUGCUGCCCAUGGUGAUGAAACCACCGGGGAAAUAGCUCUUGCUCCCAACAGGUCUGUCGUUGGAGUUCCUAAGAUCGGCGACGUCUUGCUAACAAUGAACGACAUAGCUCAAGUUGGUAUCAGAGCCAAGCUGGUGGUACUCAGCUGUUGUCACAGUGCUCGUGGUAAGGCAUUAAAAGCCGAAGGGAUUGUUGGAAUUGCUCGAGCUUUCUUAGGAUCUGGUGCUCGUUCAGUUCUGAUGUCAUUGUGGGCUGUCGAUGAUGGGGCUACCAAAGCAUUCAUGAACAUAUUCUACAAGUUCUUAAUCCGCGAGAAACUCAGUGCAAGCGAAUCUCUUCACUUGACCAUGAAAAAAAUGAGAGAGUCAGUACUCUACUCUGAUAGGAAGCACUGGGCUCCAUUUGUCUUACUUGGUGACAAUGUAACUCUCACAUUUUAAGGUGAGUAAGACGAAAGGCAUCGGUCGAUUUUAAUCUUUAAGUACCCGAUUAAGAGGACCAAUAAAGCUAGCUAAACUACAUGUUUCACUCCUGACAGGUUUCCUCUUUAGUGGACCGACGAAAUAAGAUCUGAAAAGUAUUCGAAUGUAGAUGACAGAUUUCAAAAUUGCAGCUACCAGGAGUUAAAUCAGUUGGAUUAUUGUCAGAGGUGUUUGCCUGGGACUCAAACUUAGGACCAUCAGUUGUGAAAACAGGGCUUAGACCUCCCAGCUACUCUACCUCAAAUUUAAAAAUGGUUUUAUUUUUUGUUCAUAUAGGCCGUCCAGCCCGCGGUGUCAAUCAAUUUUUCCUGAAUUUAAUUGAAUUGCCACGCCUGUUUACUGACGUAUGAGUUUCUUGUCCCAAAAUGUUGUUGUUUUUGUCCUGCAAGCAAUUUUCCUUUCUUUUUAAUAAAAGCGCCCCCUGUAUAAACUUUGAUAGAAAUUUAAGAUCUUUUAAUAUGUUUAUGGUUCUUAGGUAAUCAUGCAAGAGGACAAACAUGGACAUGAUCAUCUCUAAGUCAUGGACCUUGUGCUACAGCGAUGAGGUACAGCCAUGUGAAAGCACCACUUUGUACUUUACAAUGCUUAGGGCGCUCGAAACUGAGUCUGCCAAGUUGACAUUUUUAUUUCAUUUGCUUAGUUUUCUUCUCAGUCACCAAGAACGUGGUCGGAGUGACAUUAAUAUAUGAAUUUAUUUUGUGCCUUCCAAACCGUUCUAACAACCAAAAUAGGGCAACACCUCAAUUUUUUUACAUAUAGGGUUAAUUCUUGACCACAGAGGUUUAAGAAUUAUAAUGUAAUGAUAUCUUUAGCUUUAUCUUAGCUCUAAAAACUGAAAACUAAAGGUGUUUUGGCCGGUUAUACCAUUUUUUAAGCAACUUGUUACAUCAAGAAGAUGAUCAUGUUCAGUUCAACAGUAUUUUAGCAUUUCUUUGACAUCACUUCCUUUUGUUAAGAUUUGCAUUUUAAUACAAUUAAGUCGUAUCAAACGAGAAAGAGAACGGUAGAAGUAUAUUUUGAUGUAAGAAAUUAAAAUUUUCAAAUCCAUAGCCAGGUCUGUUCACACUCCGCAUAGCCGCACAUGAUAGAAACCUUCUAAAAUGCAAGGAGUCUAACUUUUUUUGUUUAUCUUUUGGGUAAAACAUACAAAUCGAAAUUUUUUAUGAUUCUUAUGAUAAAAUCGUAUUUCAAUGAUCAUUUUAGGUCUCUCGAGAUCGCUUCUGAUUUCGGAAAUGCUUGUAAGGUCUAGAAAAGCCAGUCCUUUGUACGAGGGUCUCAAUGGGGUUGACUGAUCGCCGUGAAAUAGCCCAAAAAUGUAGCCGUUAGGCGUAAAAAUUGACAAAUUUUAACCGAAAGUU